GAUCAAAGUCCCGGUACAAGUUAAAUAUUGAAAUAGAGUGAAACAAGAGAAAGAAUUCGGACAAAAGAAGAAGCUUGUGACGGGGAAGAAACAGCCGUGGUGCACCUGAAAGGUGAGCUUCGGCAAUUGAGACUUUAUGGACAAAGUGCAUUUGUGUACUGUGAUAAAAAAGGAAAAAAAUUCUUUAAAAAAUUAACUUUCAAGUUAACUAGUCACCGCAAACGAUAUUUGCAAAUACAAGGAGCACCAGAUUUGUAUGUAACGAACCUGAGAAGCAGCACGUGAACAGGACGGCAAAGUGAGGUUACGAUGACCUUUUUGUUUCUGAAGGAAGGUCAGAUCGGAAGGUCUAAAGUGCAUUCGUUAUCAGCAGAGCCCCAUUUCUAACAUGACUAAACCCCGAGCUUUGCAUUGCGACUGAAAGAAUUCAGCUUUAAAAGUUUUUUUAAUGGCUUUCACUCCCACAAUGUUCUGACUUUUGUUGUUAACCUCUUCUGGUUUUUGCCGAAAAAAGAUAAAUGGCGAAGUUGAAUGUUCACGUUCACCCAACCGCCUUUAUUACAGUGAAAAUACAUCCUGCCAUACUUGAUCACAAGGUUAUGUGGAUGCAGCUGUCUAACAUGACUGUCAUGGCGGCAGAAUAUUAAUUGCGGAGACAUCCCUUGACUACAACCCCUCAAAUCUUGCACAGGAAUCAUUUGGGGACAAAGUAGGACGAGAACAGAGAGGAUUACAGGAGUUGCAACAUCGUACUCGUCAGUCUGAAGUGUCUGCACAGCCAGCACCAGCUGCAGUGGAUCAUCGGGUGGAGCAGUUAGGGUACCAACGAGGGAGAGAGUUCAAGGGAAUAUAUAUAUGCAAAUAUUUUUGUAAUGGAAGCGCAUUCUUCGACAAGUUGGAUGAAUGAUUUCCUGGCAGGCGCCAUUGGAGGUUGCGCUGGAAUAGUGGCGGGGCAUCCUUUCGACACGACAAAGGUUCAACUACAAACACAAGAAGCAGGAGCACGUUACAAGGGAAUCUGGGAUGCUGUGAGCAGUGUGCGUCAUCACGGUAUAAUCAGAGGCUUUUACCGAGGUCUGUCGUAUCCGCUGGUCACAAGUGGAGUUACAAACGCUAUUGUCUUCGGUGUGUAUGGCGGUUGUCUCCGACUCCUGGCGCCAGACCGCGACCGAACGCUUGGUGACGUGUUCUGGGCCGGGUGUGCAGGGGGCGCUGCGCAGCUCCUCGUUGCCUGUCCCGUGGACGUCGUCAAAUGUGUCCUUCAAGCCCAGAUCCCUCAUAAAGGUCUCGAACGUUCUCACCCUCGAUCGUGCGACUAUUUCCACGGACCCACCGAAUGUUUGCGAGAAAUUUGGAGCAAGAAGGGCGUGGCGGGAUUGUACAGGGGACUGUCGGCCAUGGCAGGCAGGGACGUUUUUUCUUAUGGGCUGUACCUCGUCUGUUACGAAGUUAUCUACGCCUUUCUCAAGACACAGGCUGGGAUCUGCUCCCACGGGGUGGUGGCCAAUGUGGUGGGUGGCGGUCUGGCUGGAUGUGUUGCCUGGCUGAGUAUCAUGCCCUUUGACGUGGUCAAGAGUCGGCUGCAGGCAGACAUGACCAGAAGAUACCGCGGGAUGGUGGACUGCCUGGUGCAGGCCGUCAGGAGGGAAGGCUUCUUCGUUCUAUACCGAGGCUCAGUGGUCACGUGUCUCAGGGCGUUUCCAACCAACGCCAUGAUUUUACUCUUUUACGCCGAGACACUAAAAUAUCUGAAUCGGAAAACAGAGGAUGGUGGCGUCUGCCUGCCAGGAGACGCUUAGCACAUGAACAGACAGUUUUAGUUCUCAUACCUCCUGUGAAUUUCCUGGGAAAGUUUGUAGUUAGUGUACUAUGAAAAGUCAUAACAAUAAAAACAGCCUUUUUAUAUAACGCUCUUCCCAACACGCUUAAACCGAAACACACACACCACACACACCAAGAGUUUUUAUGAGGUAAAGAGACACAUUUAGUAAACCAAGUCAAUGAGAAACUGAUUGCUGAUAGCUGUAUGUCUUCGUAUAUGAAACUCGCAGGACUGCUGACAUUUAGUUCCUGCGUAAAAAUGC